AUGCUCGCUGUCCAGACCUUGCUUGCCUCCUCUCUCAUGGCUUCUACAGCCCUUGCUCACUUUACUCUCGACUAUCCUACCACCCGUGGCUUUGACGAAGACAAAGAGCCCGACUUCUGUGGAGGCUUUACCAGCGUUUCAUCUAGGCAGCCCUUCCCUCUUGGUUCAGGACCAGUCCAUAUCGACUCACACCACACCCUUGCCACCGUGGUCGCCUUCAUCUCCACCAGCGACAACCCCUCUUCUUUCGACGACUUUAACACCACCAGCAACGGUACUUCUAUCCCUCUCGCCUCCAGCAUCUUCCAAGUCGCCGAAGGUGACAGCUGCUUCAACAUUGACCUCGGCGGAAGUCUUGGCCUUACCAACGGUUCCGAUGUGACCUUGCAAAUCCAAUAUGAUGGCGGUGAUGGCAACUUGUACCAAUGUGCCGACCUUAUCCUCAUCGACGGCUACGAAAUCCCAUCCAACGAGACCUGUACCACCGACGCAUCCAAGGCUUCCGACGCUUCUGCCACCUCUUCCGGCGCUGCCAGUGCCACCAGCUCUGCCUCGACCGAUCCUUCUUCCUCGUCCGGGGGUCACAAGGAGAUUGUUGGGUUUGGGAUUAUGAGCGUGGCGAUGGGUCUUGCGGGGCUCACUUUGUUGUGA